CAACUCAAUCCGUCGGGUCUUUUGCCAGAAAGGAUUGAGGCAUCUCCAUUUCCUGAACCCUAUAGCAUAAAGGUGCUUCAUGUCAAGGACGCCGGGUCCCAGGAAAGGGUUUAUGUUCCGAUUGAGGGCGCGGUAACUCAAAGUCAUGUUUUUGCGCCGAGUCGCGUGGAUGAGACCCAGGCUGCGGGGGCAGGGGCCAGGCUCGGGCAGGGGUAUUUUUAUUACUGCGGAGAUGUUUACUGGGAGGAUGGCUCGAACCAGCUAAUCUUGUCGCUCUGCGGGUUUUAG